CUUUUUUCUCUAUUGCAAAUACCAUAUAUUUAUUUAUUCUGCACUUUUAUUACAUAUAUAGAAUUCAUUUUUUAAAUUACAGCAUUAGUUAUGACAGCGCUCACUCGUUUUUUUUCCCCAGCUGACUGGCCGUUAGAAAUUCUGUCUAAAAUUGCAGCCCAUUUAAUUGAGACCGAUGCCUGCCCCAACUCGGCAACAACUUACAAGCCAAAAUUCUCAGCCGGCACUCGGUGCACACAGGCUGAAGCUGCAGCGGGCAUGCUCGGUACCUGUACAACAUGGUCGCAGAGCGUCCACCGCGAGCUCUCCAAACAUAUUUGCCUCAGCCUGAGCACCCAGCGCAACAGGCACACAUUAGAAAAUAUUAGGAACGUGCACCUCGCACGCAAGGUCAACAUUGAAAUUCUGGUUAACGACAUUAUUAACGGCGCCUUUAUUGGCAAACACACUGUUGAUAUGGAGUUUGACCGCGUAGAACACUUGGAGCUUUGCAUUACACAGGAGGAGCCCAGGCCCACUGUGCGCAAUGAGAGUGACUGGCUUUUGAGACGCCAGCAGACAAAACCAUUUAUAGCGCUCAUUAUAAAAAUGUUUCCAAAUAUUCACACUCUAUCCAUGCGUAGCAACCCAAAUCGGUCCAUUUUAUGGGCCGAGGCUACAACCAGCAUAUUCAGCAGUCUUUCAAGCUAUAUAUUGGCCCGUCAGGAAGUCCCGGAACUCAUUUUUGCUGCGUACGGCUGCUCCCUUUCCUCGCACCACAUCCCCGUUGUGACUGCCGGACUGACCCAGAUUAAGCUGGGCAUGGUGACAUGGAGCGAAGAAGGCCAUGUCGAAGUGGUACACCGCAGCAGAGCAACUCUCCGCAAGCUAGAAAUAUCUUACGCGCGCACAACCCAGUGCCUGGGCCUCGUGUGUGCACCCUCAGGAGAGCCCAUUUUUUAUCCGCAGGUUACGCACCUCAGAUUUGGCGUGUACAGCGGUGUGGCCAUCAACUUACGCAAUCGCUGUCCUCACCAGCCAUUCCCCAAGCUGGAGCACCUCCAAUUCCCCGGUGUGUUCCCGUUUGCCAACGAUACGCUAUUCCGGGGAAUAGAAAAGAGGCUCAAAAGUCUAACGCUAGCUGUGAGCAGCCACGGGCUGGAGCUGUUUAAAAAGUCGCAGUUGUCUGCGCCUAAUUGCUACACGCAGCUAAAGUCCGUUGACAUCCACAUUUUGCCCAUUGAGGAUCCGUUCUUGAUUCCCGGGCAGCUCAACGAUGACGGAUUGAGCAAUGCGGAUAUAGAGAAUAGCCAGCGCCUGGCGCUGACUGUGGGCUCUGGAUUGACCUCAGUUAGAAUUGACUUGGGCGCGGAAGCAUCUAAGCAGUCUCUGUUUAAUCAAAUCAGAAUAUCACCGCACGCGGGUACGAUUAAGAUGCUAGAUUUGGGCGCCACACAACUGACCAUAGACGAAAUAGACGAGCUCACUCGUCUCCUCCCCAAUCUGGUGCACCUGAAGUAUACCAUCAAAAGUAUCCUUGACAGCGGUGUCGCUGUAUCGGUGCAUUCAAACCAGCGCACAGGCGGAAAAUUGUGCCAGCUAACUUUAAUGACAAACGCGGCCCCCAAAAUUGCAGACCACCUUGGCGCUUAUGUUGCUUCGGUCUGUGCGCAUUUUAAAUCUGUAAUUCGCUUCAAUGUGCUCUCAGACGUUGAGUGCAAAAUGGAGCUGGUUACAGCGUACAAGACCAUUAUUAACACCGAACUGAGGUACCAGAGCAAGGAAAACAUGCACUUACACCACUCAACUUUGGUCCGAUUCAAAAAAAAUGUCGUCGACCCAAACUAUCUGUAUUAUAAUUAAUACAUAAUAAACAAGCCCACACAUAGUUGUGGCUAGAACCGUUGCAUAUUAUUUUAUUUUAUCUUUCUGUUUAUGCAUAAACCAAUUUGAAACCAAUCGCUUGCCUAAAAUUAUCAUUGGAAACAAAAACAUUCACUUUCUUAUAAUAUUUAUAUAAGAUGGUUACUAGAUGCUUGCAAAGAAAGAGUAAAAUGUCUAAAUGGA